AUGAGUAGUGAUUUGUCACAAAUAGUGAAACUGCUGGGAAAUCACGAAUAUAUAAUUCGUGAGCAAAUUGCAGAAACAGAAAUCGCAAUAACCGAUUUUUCGGAUAUAAAUCCCGUCGAAUUUCUGUUUUCAUUGCUUCGAGAUAAUAUGCUAUCGCUAGAAGGUAGACUGACCAGUCUGCUUGUUCUCUACGUGUAUAUGAAAGAAAACGGAGAGUCUCGUUGCACCCCGGAGAAGAUGAUGUGCGUUUCGAUUGUAACGGGUUCUUUAGGCCAGUACUCCUCUCUGCAUUUAUCCGACUUCAUAUCCAAAUCCUAUGAGACAGACAGCUGCGAGUUGUCCUGGACCCCCUCCUUUCGCCCCGUGUUCUUCACUCCCUGCGGCGAAGUCCCCGAGAUGCUCUUUCCUGCAAUGUAUCCGGAGCAGGACCAAGACCUUUCGGCCUACGCGGAGCUUUUCCAGGACUCCGAGUCCUUUUUUCUCUUCUCCUCGCCGCCGUUCGACCGCCCCUCCCUCUCGCUCUCCCCCUCUCGCGACGAAUUCUACUUUCCCUUCGUCGACUUGGCGCCCUCCUUCCUCUUCAUCCCCAUGCAGAGCAAUCUGCUGGACGAUCUCCGCCGCCUCCUCGAUCGCAGCGUGUCCCAGCCCCUCACAGAAGGCGAGCUGGAGCAACUGCGAAGCGACGUGUCGUGCUACAAAGCGUUGAUCCGCGAGGGGAACUGGACCUCGGGGAAGUUCCGCUCGCUGCUGGCGAAUAACGUGACGAUCGCGCUGGACGUCAUGCGGGAAUCGUUCUCGGUGCAGAAGAAGAAGCAGCAGCUGCUCGACAUCGUGGUGCAGUCGCAGUUGUCGGUGUCGGUGUUGCAUGUCGCGAGUCAGCUGCUGUGCUUUGAAGCGAUCCCUGCCGCGUUUUUUAGGAACUUUGUAGAGAAAGCCAUGAAGAAUUUGCCGCUGAUAAAGGACACGAAGCUGCAGAGACAACUUGUUCGGUGUUUUUGCUUUUUUUUAUCUGGGGUGUACAAGAAGGGGAUUGUGGAUCUAGCUGUUCAGUUUACAAAGAAUGCGGUUACAAAGCUAAAGAGCUCUUUCAAGGAUGUGCCUGAAAUUCUGUGUCUUCAAUCACUCCUGAAUAGUGGAUAUCUUACGUACUAUGUUUGUUGA